AUGGAACCUGCUCUGUUGCUGACUUCCCUCCUCUUGCUGCAGCCUGUUGUUGGAUUGGCAUUCCAUGAGCGGAUCAUUGGAGGUCAGGAAUGCCCAGAGGAUGAACAUCCUUGGCUUGUGCAGCUGUACAACUUCGAGGAGCCCUACUGCGCGGGAACAUUGCUCAACUCUGACUGGAUCAUCACUGCUGCUCAUUGCUACUUACAGGAUGAAAUCCGUGUAAAGCUUGGCGUGCACAACCAGGAUGUUCCAAGAGGGGAUGAAGCGUGGAGAGUCAGCGUGGGCACCUUUUGCUACCCUGAUUCUGCCAGCACCACCAGCAGCACCUGUGCAGACCACAAAGAUGACAUCAUGCUGAUCAAACUGAACAGCUCAGUUACCUACAAUAAGCACAUCUCUCCACUCAGCUUGCCUGACUAUGCUUCUCCUGUGGGAACAUAUUGUACUGUCAUGGGCUGGGGCUCCAUCACAACCAGUCCAGACACUUAUCCCAACGUCCCUCACUGUGUUUCCAUCAAGAUGCUGAAGAAUCACUUUUGCCAGGAUGCUUACCCAUGGUGGUCCAUGACGGACAACAUGUUUUGUGCAGGAUUCCUGGAAGGAGAGAAAGACUCAUGCCGGGGUGAUUCUGGGGGACCUCUUGUCUGUGAUGGACAACUCCAGGGAAUUGUAUCUUUGGGAGGCUACCCCUGUGGCGAGCCACUGCAGCCCGGAAUCUAUACCAAGGUCUACAGCUAUCUCCAAUGGAUCCAGAAUAUUCUUGAUCCAGUUGCAAACAGCCCUGAUCGCUCCAAAUUGGAUUAG